UAUUCCUCACUCUUCACUUCUAUAAAUUGAAACGCCCAUCUGCCUGCCCAACCAGUAACGCGCAAACAAUUACAUUACAACUGGUGGUGUCUUCAAGUCAAGUAUUUUAUCACAUGGCCAAGUCGUCAGCUACCUGCAGCUUGGUUCUGUUCUUGCUGGUUGCCUCAGUUAUGAUGAUGGAAGUUCAUGGUCGGAUGGCCAUUUUUGAUGGCAUCAUAAGGUCACUUGGAAACGAUUAUCCAUUCUGUACUGCUACUGCGCAAGCGUGCACAACGGAUGCCGACUGCCCAUCAAUCGUCGAGGGACAUAACUGCGGUUGCAGAGAGAACUUAAAUGUUGAGGGUGUUGGCGUGUUGAAUAGCUACAUCAGCCACAACUUCACAGUCGCGGGCAUGCUGCCUCCCCAGCAUGUAACUACCGACAUAGUACUUGCAUGCUUCGUGCACCACACUCCAGUCACGAAUGUUGUUGGUUUCCACCCCGAGACGCCAGCUUAUUACGCAGUCGAUUUGACCUGCUCCAUCUGAUACGAGACGAAUUGGAUUAUUAAUGUAACGUGUUGCAUGGGAGGUUGCUGCUAGGGUAAGAAGAAGAAAGACCACUGGGAUUGCCAUGAGUACUGUUGUUUUCGAACGAAUGGAUGCAAUAACACUUGUUGCCCUUUGGUUUGUUUAUAUAGACAGAUUUUGGUACGUAGCGUUGUGAGGGGGAAGCAGGGCAUAAGGUAUAUGGAAAAUGUACAUUAUUGUAUCGUGGGUCCAUCAUUAAUUUUAUAACUAAUUCAUCAAA